GGUCCGUGUGAACCGAAAGAAGGGGGAGCGGUGGUCAAACCAUCCCCGACCCAAGCAGAGCCAGAAAGACGAAAAAAGGAGGAGAAUAGCAGCCCGCAGUAGCGUCGCAGCCUCGUAAGCCUCGCGCUCAGCCUGCAUGGGUUAGCCGGCAAGCUAGUAAGCUAGUUUAGCUUGGUCCGACUACGCCGCCUGGGUGAUACCUGCUCCGGUCAAGUCCAGUCCGUGUCUACGCCCUCACUUGUGCGGCACAGCCCGGCUUCAAGAUGAUGAAGUUUAGAUUUCGUCGGCAGGGCACGGACCCGCAGAGGGAGAAGAUAAAACAGGAGCUCUUCGCCUUCAACAAGACGGUGGAGCAUGGAUUCCCACAUCAGCCCAGCGCAUUGGCCUAUGACCCAGAGCUGCAACUCAUGGCUAUCGGUACAAAGGCAGGAGCUGUCAAAGUUUAUGGGGCGCCUGGUGUGGAGUUCACAGGACUACACAAGGACACUACCGCUGUCAUACAAAUCCACUUCCUGCAAGGACAGGGCCGCCUGUUGUCACUUCUAGAUGACAAUACCAUUCACUUGUGGGAGCUGACUACCACAGCCCCCAGGCAGGUAGGAGGGGUUAGGAGAGAGGGUGUGGUCAUUCUACAGGAAGUGGGCAGCUACAGCCUUCCAGGAAGACCAGGCAUUGAGAGCUGCAGUACCACACGAGUGACUGUUCUCCUCCUGCUGAGGUCAUGUGACCUGCUCUGCAUAGCAACAGAGGGAGGGGGCGUGUUCUUCCUGGAUUUGCCCAAUCUGACACUUAAAGACAGCCAAACAUUGCUCCAGGAUCGAGUCACACAGAGCCUGCCAGAAGACUACAGAUGUGGGAAAUCAUUAGGGCCUGUGGAAUCUCUCCAGGAGCACCCUCGGCAAGCAGGGAAGAUUCUAAUUGGCUACAGCCGAGGCCUGGUGGUCCUGUGGGAUGUGAGCAGCCGUCAGAUAGACCAGUUCUUCCUUGGCAAGCAGCAGCUGGAGAGCCUGGUGUGGGAAUGUUCGGGAAACUUAUUUGUCAGUUCCCAUAGCGAUGGUGGCUACUCGGUGUGGACUGUUGCCGACGGCAACGCCAACAAUCAGCAGCCGGUGUCCUCUACCAUCCCAUAUGGUCCUUUUCCCUGCAAAGCUAUCAACAAAAUCCUAUGGAGGACAACAGAGACGGGCUCACCAGUGUUGUUGUACAGUGGAGGGAUGCCCAGAGCCAGCUAUGGCGACCGGCACUGUCUGACCAUUCAGCAGGACAAAGACCACGUCACCCUGGACUUCACUUCCAGGGUCAUUGACUUCUUUACAGUCCACAAUGUUGAGCAACAGAAAGAAUUUGAUGACCCAUCGGCACUGGUGGUCUUGCUAGAAGAGGAGCUGGUUGUGAUUGACCUCCAGACUCCUGGUUGGCCCUCUAUGCCUACUCCGUACCUGGCUCCUCUCCACUCCUCAGCCAUCACAUGCUCGUGCCACAUAACCAGCGUUCCUCCCAAACUGUGGGAAAGGCUGGUCAACGCUGGCAAAGCGCAGCAGGGCCACGAACGCGCACCCAGGAGCUGGCCCAUAUGUGGAGGGGAAAGCCUGGCCCCUCCCCCUAAACAACAAGAGCUGCUUUUGACAGGACAUGAGGAUGGCACCGUGCGUUUCUGGGAUGCUUCCGGGAUUGCUCUCACACCGCUGUAUAAACUGAGCACGGCCAACGUCUUCCACACAGAUUGCGACCCCUGCGACGAGCCUCAGGACCCUAGUGAUGACCCAGACAUGCAGCAGCAGGAGGAGGAAUGGCCUCCCUUCAGGAAGGUAGGCUGUUUUGAUCCUUACAGUGACGACCCCCGUCUGGGCAUCCAGAAGAUCAGCCUAUGCAAGUAUAGCAACAAGUUGCUGGUGGCAGGCACAGCUGGGCAGGUGAUCGUGUUGGGUCUGAGCGACGAGUGCUCGGACCACACAGUGGACGUCUCCGUGGUGGAUCUGCUGCAGGACAGGGAGGGCUUCACGUGGAAAGGCCACGACCGACUGGAGCCGCGCCUCAAACCCGCUCCUUUCCCAGCAGGCUUUCAGCCGCAGGUGCUGGUGCAGUGCAUGCCGCCAGCCUCGGUCACAGCUGUGGCGCUGCACGCCGAGUGGAACCUCAUUGCUUUCGGGACCAGUCAUGGCUUUGGCCUCUUUGACUACCACAGGAGAAAUGCCGUCUUGGCCAGAUGCACCUUACACCCUAAUGACUCCCUGGCUAUGGAGGGUCCUCUGUCAAGAGUCAAGUCCUUGAAAAAGUCUUUAAGGCAGAGCUUCAGACGUAUCCGCAAGAGUCGAGUGUCUGGGAAGAAACGCACCAUCACCGCACCCACCAGCAAGGUUCAAGAAGCCAACGCCGCCCUUGCUGAGCAUGAGGAAAUGGCUCCCAUCCAGCGAAGGAUUGAACCUCGAUCAGCAGACGACUCGUUGUCGGGAGUUGUUCGAUGUCUUUGCUUUGCCGACACCUUUCUGCGUGAUGGCACACACCACGGACCCACGCUGUGGGCAGGCACCAACUCAGGCAGUGUGUACGCCUACGCUCUGGAGGUGCCCGGCGUGGGCUCGGGACGCGGUUCCGAGCGAGGGGUCGCGGGUGAGACCGCCGCUUGUGUGGAGGCAGUGUUGGGCAAAGAGAUACAGCUGAUGCACAGAGCACCCGUGGUGUCAAUCUGCGUGCUGGAUGGACGCGCCAAACCUCUACCUGACCCUUAUGAAGCCUCACAGGACCUCGCCAGCGCUCCGGAUAUGUCCAAUCCUCACUCUGUGCUCAUCGCCUCAGAGGAACAACUCAAGGUGUUCUCUCUCCCUAAAGUAAGCGCCAAGACGAAGUUCAAGCUUACGGCUCACGAGGGCUGCCGGGUGAGGAAGGUUGCCCUGGUGAGCUUCAGCUCCACGGUUCAGGAAGACUACAGCGAGCACACGCUGGUGUGUCUCACCAACAUGGGCGACAUGCACCUCUUCAACAUACCUGGCCUCAGACCACAGGUGCGUUAUGACUGCAUCCGUAAAGAGGACAUCAGUGGAAUUGCAUCAUGCGUCUUCACCAGAAAUGGACAAGGAUUCUACUUGAUCUCCCCCUCAGAAUAUGAGAGGUUCUCCUUGUCUGCGAAGGUCUUCACUGAACCACUCUGCUCUGUCACACUGGCGCGACUGGCCAGCGAUGGCACGACGGCGCUGCCGCAGGCCAACGGAACACACAAGAAUCAGAUGGGACAAGCUGAAGGGCGAGCUGAGGAGCCCCCCAGCUCCCUGUCCUCUCCCGUCUCAGACACGCCCCUGGACUCCCCUCUUAGCUGUGCUGACACCACUCUAGAAUCGACCGGGGAGCUCACUGUGGAAGACGUCAGAGACUUCCUCACCACCGUGGACGAGGAGGAGAACAACCUGAAAAACAUCCAAGAGGAGGAAGGACGCCCUGCUGGCAUCCUCAUCAAUUAAACGGGGAGAGGCUCAGGUGCUCUUUGGAUGGACUUAAUUUCAGUGCUGGACCACAAACAUCUCAUCACCCCAUCUCAAGCCCACUGUGAAACCCUCCCACCUAUUCGCUCGGGCUGCAGUCUGGACUCCUCUGAGCCUGAAAUCCUAAUGGGAGGACUAAAACCACUCACCGAUCCCCCUCCCCCACUGUCAUCCUCGCCACGUAACUUAGGACCAUUAACUGCUCACUGUUAGGCGUCAUUCCAGAGAGGUUUGGCAUGACGUGCGUGUCAAUUUCUCGUAGUGGAGGCGACGGAUGCUUAAAAGUCGCAUCACUACCACUGACAAUAUGGUACAGGGUGGAAGAAAGCCUGGUAUGGAAGUUUGUGCAGCUGGUUUAAGAAGGUUUUUGUUAUUGUGAAGAUGGACGCCCAAUGUUUUUUUUUUGAUGGCUUUCGGACAAAGUGGAAGUUUGACGCUGGUUGUGUGAUUGAGAUCUUUGGACACCAUUUAGACAUUGAAACUUUGGCAGUGUGUUCAUACCCCCACUGUACACUGACGUGGUUAUGACAAUUAGCCUGACUUAAAAACAUCCUUUUGUUUCACGUUUUUAGCUUCUCGUUCUACAGCAGAUGUUUUGUGGUGCCCUUUGGGAAGUGUGGCAAGUUUAAGGUAAAGUGGGCUUGAAUGCAAAGUGUGCGCUACUGUGCGAGUGUUAAGAAUGCACCCAUUUGGCUUGCAUUGUGGGUAAUGUAUGCUGGCAGCAGAGCUUGAAUUACCAGUAUUUUUUCCCCUCAAACUUUUACUGUGUAAAAACAAAUCUAUGUAUGCAUACGAUGUCUUUAUCUAGGUUAACGUAUGACAUGAGUCACAUGUUAGAGCCUAAAAAAAAAAAAAAAAAAAAAGCUUCCAGCAUCUUUUAAUCACAAGACUGACAAGCCUAAAAAGGGACCUCACUACUAACUUAUCUCACUCAAGUAGAAAUUCUGCCAACUCUCCCUUUUUAAUUGUAACUUUAGUUUUGAUGUGUUUUCGACUGACGAAUCAGUAACCCUUCCAUGCUACAGCGGGCACACUUUUUUUAAUUCCAGUUUUUUUUGGGUCAUUCUGUUUUGUGAUUGGUAUUUUAAUAGCAUUUAGCAUUAGCAUUUCAGAUGAUGGAUUGUGAAUGUUAAUAAAAUGUACUCU